AUGGCAAAAAACUCUACUAGUUUCGUCAACGAUAGUAGCAGCCAUGGCGUCUGUUUCUUGUCAGUGCCAUUCUUUGAUCCGAACAACAUGAACCCUCCCGGUUCAGUCUAUCCGACUUGGACCUUCCUCGCAACUGUCAAUGGCAUUGCCUCCCUGCCGACUGCUGUCCUCAACGGUUUGAUCAUAUGGACGGUGUUUUGGGAUGAAACUAUUCGAUCCUCCACCUUCAACCUUUUGCUUGGCCUCUUAGCGGUGACAGAUUUCCUGGUAGGAUUGCUGGUCGAACCAAUUUUCUGUGUCUUGCUUGGGUGCUUUGUAAAGGGCUGUCAUUCUCCUUGUCAAUUCACAAUGCAUGCCCUGUUGAUGCUUCCUUGCUGUGGAAUUACCAUGGUCAUCUUGGUGGCAGCCAGUGUUGAGAGGUAUUUAGCCAUACAACACCCGAACUUUUAUCUCAAGCACGUUACAGGGAAAAGAGUAAUAGUAACAACCAUAAUGACAUGUGUUAGCACCUUCACAUGUUUGAUGGCAAGUAGCGCUUUCCUGAACAAGAACCAUCCCAGUUUAACCAGAGUCCCAAUAAUGAUAGUCACAAGUGUUAGUGCUCUGGUCAUCCUCUACUGCUCAGUCAAAGUGCAGCUGACAGCUUAUCGUCAGAGCAAAACCAUCGCUCAACAGCAAGCAUCAGUUCAACAGGCCGAUGAACAGCAACAACAAGAACAACGCCUCAAGGAAUACAAGAAAGGCUUGGUGAUGACCAUACUAGUGGGUCUGAUGGUUGUAUUUUACAUUCCUUUCAUGAUCGUUGCCGCGAUUGAAGCCGUUGGCGGGAAAGAUGUCACAAGAGAGUUUAAAUACCUCUCCAGUCCUGUCUGUAUUACAUUUCUGCAGCUCCAAUCUCUGAUCAACCCAAUCAUCAUGACGCUUCGUCUCUCUUACAUUCGACAAGGCAUUAAAAACAAGCUCUCUUUCUUUACCGGGAACUGA